CCCCGCGUCGCUCGCGCUCGCCGGCAGCUCGAGCUCCUCAGAGCAAGAUGUCGGCCUCGUCGGUGUUCCCCAUGUGUGUGCGGGCCAGUCGAGGCCUCACCCGGGGUCUGAGCCGGAACCUCCCGCCGGCGGUGGACCUCCUCCGGACCCUGUCCACGGAGAAGCCGCCCACCGGAGCGACGGGCGGUGCCACGGGCGGACUAGCUCAGGCGAUCCUGCAGCAGCAGAGCCAGGGUCAGCCUCCCCCGUCUGAUGGAGGCCAGAGGGAGAAGGAGGGGGAGCAGGGGGAGGACAAGAAGCAGAAGGAGAACACCGCCUACGCCAAGAAGAUGGUUCUGCGAUUGGCGGGCAUCAUGGGGCUGGGAGGAGCGGUCGGCAUCGUCUAUAUAUUUGGUACGAACUCGGUGGAUGAACAAGGAAACCAGAUUCCAGACGAGUUCGACAGAGACCCUCCAGUCGUCCAGCAGUUGAAGCGGACCUACAAAUACUUUAAAGACUACAGACAGAUGAUCAUCGAGCCCACCAGCCCGAAGCUCCUCCCCGACCCUCUGAAGGAACCGUACUACCAGCCGCCGUACACGCUGGUCCUCGAGCUGACCGACGUGCUGCUGCACCCGGAGUGGUCGUUGUCAACAGGUUGGCGCUUUAAGAAGCGACCAGGUAUCGACUACCUGUUCCAGCAGCUCGCUCCGCUCUAUGAGAUCGUCAUCUUCACAGCAGAGACAGGCAUGACGGCGUACCCUCUGAUCGACAGCAUCGACCCCCAGGGCUUCGUCAUGUACCGUCUCUUCAGAGACGCCACGCGCUACAUGGAGGGUCACCACGUCAAGGACGUGUCGUGCCUGAACAGAGACAGCAGUAAGGUCAUCCUGGUGGACUGCACGCGCGAGGCCUUCAGCCUGCAGCCCUUCAACGGCAUGGCCCUGAAGAAGUGGGACGGCAACUCCGAGGACCGCACGCUCUACGACCUCGCCAACUUCCUCAAGACCAUCGCCCUGAGCGGCGUGGACGACGUCCGGUCCGUGUUGGAGAACUACGCGCUGGAGGACGACCCCAUCGAGGCCUUCAAGCGCAGGCAGGCUCAGCUCGCUCAGGAGGAGGAGCAGCGUCUGACUGAGCUGUCGCAGCAGAAGAAGCAGGGACUCUCCCUCGGAUCCAUCGCAUCGCGGUUCUGGCGCUCCAAGCAGCAGUGAGCCCCGCCCCCUCUCAACACUUCCACCAAUCGCAGCCCAGCUCUCCGGGCGAGGGGCGGGGCCAGAGGACCCGGGGGUCUGGGUGGGCGGGGCCGCCGCGCCGAGGACAUUGGAUCGGCCGGCCGUCCACGCCGACGAGAGGGUUCGGCCUCCAGGCUCAGUGCGGAGGCGGGACUUCCUGUUGGGAUGAAUCUGAAGCUGCUGAUUGGUCGGGCCGCACGCCUGUUGGCGGUCGGAGGCGGAUCGGGGACCGUGGUCAGCAGGCGUCGGCCCGGAAUGCCUGCUUUAUUUUAUUUUCUAUUCCCGUGUGUGUCGGUGCGAGCUGACGGCUGCUGGACGCCGUCUGACCGCCGUCUCCUGUCCACAUGUGAAGACGAGUGUGUGUAGUUUCUGUGUGUGUGUGUGUGUGUGUGUGUGGGGACCAGGAGGACCGAUUCCACCGCUGAGCCCACCAGAGGGACGGAGCGGCGUCUUUCAGCUCUAAUAAAGGAUGAGUCUGUUUUCCAUGUCCCUGUCUGCCGAGCGUCAGUCUGUCCAGAGAACCCGUUUCCACGCGUGGCGUCCCGCCAUGGCGGUCCCGCCGUGGCGUCUUCACAGCCGCAGUAAGCCCACCACAUCAGGAGGCGGCCACAGGGGGCGCCAGCCGAGGCUCCGCCCACCGGGUUUCUCUGAAGGCCUCUGCACCCGCAGCCCCGCUGCGUGAUGCUGCCUCCGCCGUGCUUCACUGCCGGAGCCACGGAAACACCUGUCCAAGUUGUCAUUAUGGGAUGUCGCAGAAAUUUUCAACUGAAGUCACGUUUUAUUUUGAAAAGAGCCUUCAACUGAAAAUAAGUUUAACAUGAAAAUAAAAACAGUCAAACUUUCUGCUGAAGUCAAAUUUUGUCUCUCUGGAAAAAACUAGUUUAGGAGACGCGGAGCUCAUCCUGCUUCAGACGAGUCAAGAAACCAACUUCCUAAAUGUUACCACAAUAAAAGAGUUAGGAGUUAAAAGAAUAAAAGCAUGCUGAGCAUC